GCUCCUGAUGAAGCACCUGCCUCAGGUGUGCUCAGCCUCAUGCCUCUGCUGUUUACAUGUGAGCAGUGUGGACAGAGACAGAGACAGUCUGUGAGAGGCAGCGCAUCCUCGGGGUUCUUCGUUCUUCCUCAGGGUUCAUACAUGUUCCUGCUUAAGAUGAAGGUGCCAGCGGAGGAACUAAUGAGCGACAUAUUGAAGCGCCUGACGGGCGAGUCCGCGCUGCCUGUGUACAGCAACAUAGAGAAGUUCAGACGAGCUAAAGACGGCCUGUACUUUGUCGCUGAGGACUUCCACGAAACGGUGAAAAAGAGGGAGCUGGUCAACGCGAAGGAGCGACUGAGAAUCCGGAACUUGAACUCUAUGUUCUCCCGCUUGAAGCGCAUGGUGCCACUUAUGCGACCAGACCGGAAACCCAGUAAAGUGGACACACUCAAAGCUGCAACCGAGUACAUUCGAUUGCUUGUUGGAGUUUUGCAAGACACUGACAGUCAUGAUGGCUGUGGGACUGAUUUCCUAAAGAAUGCAAUCACUUAUGGUCAGACUGAAGGUUUGAGCAAUGACCUAUGGAGAAUGGAUGAUCUGUUGAACAUGUCAGACGAGUGUUUGGAAGAUGGAUUCACUCUGCCUCCAGAACCAGUAACAGAGGACGGAGAUAUGACCAGACUGGUGUUGCAACAUUGUGCGAUGCCUUCAUACCAGUUCAUCAUCCAAGUAGCACCUGACCAGACUUCGAUGUCUCAACACUGCUGAGUGAUGUGAAGAGCAGAUGGCUUGAACUAAUACUGGAAAGGGGCCUUUUGCUUUGAAGAAAGGAUUUUUCCAGAAGAAAAUUCAAUUUUAUUUGUUUUAUUUAUGUUGACUUAUGACUUAAGAUUUUGUUUGAGUAUUUAUAUAUAUAUAUAUAACGUAUGUAUAAAUGUGUUUUUAUUUUCAUUUUACAAACUGUAUACUUGGAAGCCUUAAGAAACAUUUACAAGUUUCAUUUUGUUCUCAUUUAUAUUAGAAGUGUUUUAUGUUUUCUGCUUAAUAUGUUUAAAAUAUGAUAUAAAUCUCAACAUCUGCAUUGUACCGAGUUUAUGUUUGGUAAAUAUGAAUAUCUUCAACUUUAAUAAAAUGGCUUUGUAACCUGUA